UUUUCAAACCUCAUUAUUCUCUCUUUCUCUCUACUCCCUGUCUCUAGGACUGUUUCUUGGAGCCAAAGGAAUAUCUCCCCUUUCUUAUUAUUCUUCACCUCCAAAAACUUUCCUGAAAAUUCCAUCAUUCCCUUGUAAUUAAAUUUUGAUAUGAGUUGCAAUGGAUGCCGAGUACUUCGAAAGGGAUGCAGUGAGAAUUGUAUUCUUAGGCCUUGUUUACAAUGGAUUGAAAAUUCUGCAGCCCAAGGUUAUGCCACUGUCUUUGUAGCCAAGUUCUUUGGCCGUGCUGGUCUCAUCUCCUUCAUUUCGGCCGUCCCUGUAAAUCAAAGGCCUGCUGUUUUCCAAUCCUUACUAUAUGAAGCUGCUGGAAGAACAGUGAACCCUGUAAAUGGCGCAGUGGGGCUUUUAUCCACGGGAAACUGGCACGUUUGCCAGGCGGCGGUUGACACCAUCCUCCAAGGAGGCACACUGCGGCCGAUCUCGGAGUUUGUUAGUGGUCCACCGGAGCUUGAUGAGCUCCAAGAUCCUAGCCUAAAUUUAAGGCUCAAGGUGCAAAAGCACCGUCGUUUACCCGACGAACUUGGAAAUUUAACAGAAGUAGCUGAUCUUGAUCUUAAUUUAACAACUGGGUUUGAGAGUAAAAAUUUAAGCUCUUUGUUUGAGAAGAGGCGACUCGGUAGCCCUUCAAUGAAUUCUGAAGAAUCUGGGACAACUACAUGUGAAAAUCAGCUACCAACUAAACCAAAGCUUCUAAAUUUAUUCAAUUAGGUGUUGGAAAAGCUGUAAAAUUGUUGUUAUUAGCAUUAGGUGUAUUCCUUGUCCUUUUUUUUUUUUUUAAUUUAUAUUUUUUUUAGAAUUUCCGGCGAGUUUUUGUAAAUUAUUGGCAAAAGAUUUCCCUAUUUCUCUUCUUGAUUAUGAGUAGAAGGAAGGGAAAAGUAAAAAUCGAUGAUUUCUUCUUCAAUUCUAUGGAUAAUCCUCUCUCCA